UAUAUUAAUCUCUCUCCGGCUAGGGUUUUCAGUUUAAGUGCUCUCUCUCAAAUCUCUCCCAAUCUCUCCCAAUCUUAUAGCUUUUGAGUUACUCUUGCAAGAUCGAACUAUGGGUAUAAGUAGAAACUAAGUUUUUGUUCUUGUUUCAUACUCGAAAAGGAUUUGAGCUUUGAAAUCGUUAUCUCACUUCAAUCGCUAAGAGAUGUCGACCACAAACACGUUUAAUCUUCUGUUGGACGAUGAUAACGAAGAUCCAAGUCAGCUUAUUGCUGCUCAGAUCAAAGUUGUACCUGCGGUGAAGAAGGCCCCUGUUUCUGCUCAGGCUGCUCAGCCAACUAAGCCAGCUUUGUUGCCGACCAAACCUCUUCCUCCUGCUCAGGCGGUGAGGGAUGCUAGGAAUGGUGGUCCACGUGGUGGUGGUGCUGGCGGCGGUCGUGGUGGUGGCAGAGGUUAUGGUCGCCGUGGUGGUCGUGAAGGUGGAUUUAGUAACGACAAUAUCAAUAAUGAGAACUCCUUAAGCACUGGAACUGUUGGUGCUCCUACUGUAUUCAAACCUUUUGAAGAGGCUGAUAGUGGAAGGCCUCGUGGUGGUUAUGUUGUUGGUGGUAGCCGAGGUCGUGGUGGGUAUGGUGCCCGUCGUGGUGGUUUUGAGAAUGGUGAUGCUGAAGGAGGUGAACGCCCUCGUCGUAAUUACGAGAGGCGUAGUGGCACUGGACGCGGGAAUGAGGUUAAGCGUGAUGGUUCGGGGCGUGGAAACUGGGGUUCCCCUACAGAAGAUGUUGUUCCGGAGACUGAAGAGGCAGUUAAUGAAGCUGAAAAAACUGUGGAAACUGAGAAACCUGAACAGGAACAAACUGAAGAUCCUGCUAAGGAGAAUCCUGAAAAGGAAGCUGAAGUGAAGGAGCCUGAGCCUGAGGAGGAUAAGGAGAUGACUUUGGAAGAAUAUCAGAAAGUAUUGGAAGAGAAGAGGAAGGCUUUACUAGCACUGAAAACUGAGGAAAGGAAGGUUCCCGUUGACAAGGAAUUUGCUUCCAUGCAGCUGCUGUCUGGCAAGAAAGCUGAGCCUGAGAUCUUUGUGAAACUGGGUUCCGAUAAGGAUAUUAAGCGUAAGGAAGUCGCUGAAAAGGAGGAGCGAGCUAAAAAGUCUGUGAGCAUCAAUGAGUUUUUGAAGCCUGCUGAGGGAGAAGCCUAUUAUGGUCGUGGGCGUGGCCGAGGAGGGCGCAGGGGUGGUGGUAGAGGCGGAAGUGGUGGUUAUGGUGGCGGCAACAGAUGGGAUGGUGCAGCAGAAUUGGCUGCUCCUUUGAUUGAUGACACAAAUUUCCCUUCCCUCGGUGGUAAAUGAGUGUUGGUUCAUCAGUUCUCUUUCGGUUAUGGGUUCUAAUUUUUAGGGGUAUUUAUUUCCAAUACCAUAAAACUAUUUUCUUUAGGGCCAGCCAACAUGAAAGAAGUUUGUUGUGCUUACAAGAGUGUAUAUUUUUAAGAUUGUGGUGGUUUGUUGGUUGGUUGGAUGGAUGGUUGGUUGUCUUUCAUUUUAAACUUACAAUUGGAUCUUUUUGUUUUUUUAUUUUGUUCUUUUUGGGUUUUAACUAUCAAACAGUUUUGGGUCUCUCUUCUUUUAAUGUUAUUUCAUCAUUUCUUU